AUGCACUGCCCCACCUCCGCAAUCCUCCCUCCUCCCGCCAACGACUGCUGCAGUCAGCACGACGAGACACAAAUCUAUGAAGAAUCGAUAGCUUGGGUGUGGAACCUGAACCUGAGGUCUGUAGUGCUGUCAUUCGUGCAAAAACCUGGCCUUCCCUGUGCCAGUAGCAUGCAGGUGGAGCAUUGUCCCAGCUCAGCCAUAACAGUGGGUGCGGAGGACCGCACGCUGCGUGCGCAUACGGGAUGGGGAAGUGGAGAGGGAGGAGAGAAAGGGAAAAGCAGUGACACUCGUCGCGAGCAGGAUUUGAACCUGCGCGGGGAGUCCCCAAUGGAUUUCUAG